UAUAUCACACAAAUUAAUUGUCUACUGUAUACACUUACACUUCAUGUGUUACCUUUACUUAAUAUGUAUAUCGUAUAGUGUCUGUAUAUUGUUUUAAGGGCCAACAACGACCAGAGCCCAUUUUUUUUGUAGGCGGUAACAUACCUGGCCAAUAAAGGUUAUUUUGAUGGCUGUUCCAUAUGAUACAUGAUAACUUGUAGCAAUCUGACACUUAUGCAUUUGUAGGAGUUGGUAUUACAGUUAUGUAAAGAACCCUGACAAUAGAAAAGCACAAAUGAAACUAGAAAUAAGAAAAUAAAGAGGCAAUUAAAUAAAUGGUCUCUUCAUUGGUUUGACAGAUGUAUCGGUGAAACUGUAGGACACAAGGUUGUUGCACAGCUUUGCGAACACCAUCUCUACGUCUGUUGGACCAAAAGUUGAUGAGGAAAUCAUGGUGAAGAUGGUGAUUAUAGUUCUGAUGAUCCUGCUGACCAUGUCUGGGGUCUCUCCUGCCUGUGGUCGAGCUGAAUAUCUUAUAGGGCAAGAAUGCUGCCCUAUGUGUGCUCCUGGUUAUUAUGUACGGAGACAAUGCACUGAGUUUAAAAGUACGACAUGUGUUCCAUGCCCGUCAUCUACCUACACUGAUGCACCCAAUGGACUGCCGUCCUGUAGAUCCUGCACCGUUUGUGACUCGAGUGCAGGUCUAAGAGUGAAGAGGGCGUGCAUCUCCACUUCAAACACACUCUGUGAGCCUCUGGAAGGCUACUACUGUACUGACCCAAUCAAAGAUGGCUGCCGAGGAGCUGUGGAACACACAAAGUGCUCACCAGGGCAGUACGUCAACCAGACAGGUACAGCAUCCACAGAUACUGUGUGUGGUGACUGUAUAGGCAACACAUACUCAGAUGGUUCAUUCACAUCCUGCAGACCACACACACGGUGUGAGUUAAAUGGAGUUGUUGUCCUAGGAGAAGGAUCAUCUUCUGAUGACACUGAUUGUGGUCAAAGACAAAACACUGUUGCCAUUGUAGCUGGUAUAGUUGGUGUUGCAGUCCUAGCUGUGGGGAUGUGCUAUUUAUAUAUAAAAGAAGGAAAAGGAAAAGAAAACAUCAGCAAGAAUAUUUACUUCAAAUGUUUGGAACGUGACACACAAGAGAGGUCCCUGUAUUAUCAAGGAAGAAACAGACCUUUUGAUGGCCCUGGAAAAUCAGUCAGUGCUGGUUUCGGUUUUAUGAAAGGAUGAUAUUUGAACUGUUGCACAAUACUUUUUUAGUAAAGCAAGGGUUAUGUAUAGACAUGUACAAA